AUGAUUCGAAAAGCAGCACCCAAGUUUCCAGGACUUGACAGAAUACCAUGCUGGAAAAAUCAAAGCAAGGACAUCACGAUGAUAUGGCGGAAGGUGAUUGUCGUGCGCACAGUCCUCACGACCUUGACUCGAGAAGGCGUUGUCAUGGCAUACGCGCUUUUCCCUCUGCUGGGUAGCCAGAUGCCCCCCGAGGCCUUUCGUUGUGAUCGCGUCAGACGUCUCGUUCAAGACAACAUUUUUAUGCAUGAUGGGACACUGACCAUCCAUGCAAAGUUCCAAAACCCCUUCAUCCUCUACCUCGUCGGGAAACUGAUCUGGAAUACGCGCUUCCUGACUAGACAAAUUAUUCACGAUGCCACACAAACAGCUGCACUACGUGAUGGGAUUAGCUGGCACCAUCACAAAAUGUUAUUUCCAGGGGCAAACUCCACUGUAUUUGAGGCUAUGUGCGCAGACAUGGAUAGCCUCAGCGACGAGGAGAAAGCUGACUUGAACCAAUGGAAGGAUCACAUAGUCGUUUGUGGGGUCUCUCAGCAGCGUGUUAGAGUUGAGCUGUCAGAUUUCGACCUACUAGUAGACCCAGACUUGGACGCAGACUCGGAUAUCGCCGAUGACAUAUAA